CACCAUGCAGUCAACCACCGUAUUUUGUUCUUUCCUUCUCUUCUCCUUUCUAGCACUGCAAUUUUCUCCGCCUUGUGCAGCGGCUUCUCAGCCUAACCCGGUACUCGACAUGACCGGAAAGAUCGUCCGACAAGGCAUCGACUAUUACAUCAAGCCAAUCCGACAAGAUUUAGGCCUCGGACUCAACCUAGCUAGCGUCGGGAACCACACAUGUCCACUCAGCGUCGUUCAAAAAGAACCCUACGACGGGGGCACGCCCGUAACAUUUUUCCCCGUCAAUCCUAAGAAAGGCGUUAUACGUGAGUGGACCGACAUGAACGUCGAAUUUCCCAAAGGCUACUCGUUUGUGGAGGCGCUGGAUGCUUGCCCCGGGUACUCUUUUGUCUGGACACUCGAUGGUUACAAACCGUUGUCUAGUGAGACCCACUACGUGGUCAAUGGUGGCGUCAAAGGAAAUCCGGGCCGGGACACUAUAAAGAAUUGGUUUAAGGUUGCCAAAUCCGGUGAAGGUUACCGGUUCGUGUUCUGUCCGUCAGUGUGUGAAUAUUGUGAAGUCAUUUGCAAAAACGUGGGAAUCGUUGUGGAGGAUGGGCAGAGGCGUUUGGCUCUUACAGAUGAUCCUUUGGAGCUCAAGUUUGAGAGAGUUUAAAUUGUUUAUAGUACUCUGAUCUAUCUAUGUGAUUCAGCAUUAUCCAAUACCUCCUUCCAAAA